CCUCAGUCCUCGCUCUCGAAGGAGGAUAAUAUUUGAUAGGUAAAGUCGACGCGCUACACUGCAAGCACCGACGAGAAUGGCGGUCUCUUGCUGCCCCCUCUCCUUCUCCGCCUCCUCCUCGUCGUCGGCCGUCGCGCCGAUCCAAAACCCCCACAUCUCGGUCUCGCUUCUCUCUCGCCCGACCCUCUCCCGCCUUUCCGUCGUUUCCUCCUUCCUCGGCUCCUCCCUUUCGCUGAGGACCACAAUACCGAUCGAGGGCCGGGGUUGGAGUGGCGGCGGAAGGGCAUCAAGGGUCACUAGGAUGAGCAUGGAGGCCGGGGUUGGAGUGAUGGGGACGAAGCUGGGGAUGAUGAGCUUCUUCCAGCCCGAUGGCACCGUCGUCCCCGUCACGGUUGUCGGCUUCCGCGAGGGCAACAUCGUCACCCAGGUCAAGACCGACGCCACCGAUGGCUAUGACGCCGUCCAGAUCGGCUACCGCCGCGUCCGCGACCGCAAGCUCACCCGCCCGGAGCUCGGCCACCUCCAGAAGGCCGGCGCCAUCCCCAUGCGCCAUCUCCAGGAGUUCCGCCUUCAGUGCGUCGACGGCUUCGAGCCCGGCCAGCGCCUCCUUGUCGAGGAUCUCUUCAAGGAGGGCGACCUGGUCGACGUCUCCGGCAAAUCCAUCGGCAAGGGAUUUCAAGGUGGAAUCAAAAGGCACAAUUUCCGACGUGGGCCAAUGACUCAUGGUUCUAAGAGUCACAGAGCCUUGGGUUCCAUAGGUGCUGGAACCACUCCUGGCCGUGUGUACAAGGGUAAAAAAAUGCCUGGAAGGAUGGGAAAUGCCAAAACUAAAAUCCGGAAGUUGAAGAUUGUCAAGAUAGACAGUGAACUACGAGUCGUCGUGGUAAAAGGAGCUGUACCCGGAAAACCUGGAAAUCUUCUCCGUAUUACACCUACCAAGAUCGUUGGCAAGAACAUACCCAAGAAUUAGCAUCUGCAUACUAAUCUGUAGGCUGUAAGCUUUUUCUUUUUUGUAAGUUUAUUGUCCACCUUUUUAGUUUCUUCUCUGAUUGCUUCUUUCUACAUUUAGUCUUUAAGUGGAAUUACAAUCAAAUUUCAAAUUUGACCUAUGCGAAAGAAUGGAUAUGAAAAAGGGAAUGUGCAGGCUCAUGUGCCUUAUCGUUGCUUGUAGGUUGGGUUUAUGUUUAGCAUGUGCAUCUUUUGGUUCUGAUCAUUGAACAAAGCUUCUCUUAGCAUUUGUUUUAUACAUCAAUGACCUCACGGACUUGCAGUCU